AUGAAACUGAGGCUUCCCCAGCAGCUUGCUCUGCUUCUGCUUACCCUCCCCUUGCCUGCUGUUUCAUCCUUGGUUGAGUUUGUUGAGCCUGCCGCCGGGGCCGUCCUGGAGGGAGGAAAGCCAAUCCGUGUGCAGUGGAAAUUGCUGGAGAGUGCAAAGACACAGCUCGACUCCAAUGAGUUCAAUCUUGACCUGUGUGCAGGCGGUAAUGAUGCUGAUACCUAUGUAACUCUAGCAUCAUUGGUUGAAAAGGGAGUGCUUGGAGAGACAGAUUCAGUUUCCACCACUGUUGACCCCAAGCUAGGCGGCGAGCAUCCAAAUGCAUAUUUCUUCCAACUUUCCGUCGGCGUUACCAAUGGCACAACCUCAUUUUUUUCAGAUCGAUUCUCCCUGAACGCUAUGACCGGCACCUUCUCACAGCGUGUUGCUUCUGCUAUUGAGGCCCUUGGCGGCUCGACCACAGGUCCCCGCAGUUUGAAUAACCUCUCUAAGCGACAAGUAGUUGUAAUUCCUCCGGGAGCAGAUCCAGAUCUGCCAUAUUCAGCCCAAACCGGCCCAACUCGUUAUGCCCCAAUCCCGAAGCCGCCUCCAUUCAAGAUGAGCCUUAAAAACGCCCCGCCGUUGUAUCCAACUAGUGAUUAUGAAAUCGCACGCACAAAAUUGCCUACACCAACGAUCAUGACCACUGUUUCUCGCACAGUAGCUGCUUCGGUCCAAGAAAUAGAGAAUACUGCUGCUCCUGCAGAACGCGAUAUGCAGCGGUUUCUCAAAAGAUGGGAGGAUUGA